CAUCAUCAUGAAAAGUAACGAGCUCGCCCUCCCUGGACCAGCUAGCUCUAUGGACCCAACAAACAUCAGCUGCCAUCGCGUUCCUAACCCCUUGAGCUAUCCCGGCGAGGUCCAUUGGACUCGACUUGUAACCCGCCAAACUCGACUUCACGGCCCAAUCAAAAGAGUAUUAAUAUAUGCACCAGUUUAUCGGCGCAGUAUGUUUCCAGGCAAGGCAGCAUCAAUGAAGAGGCCAAGCAAGGCCAAGCAAGCUAGAAUCUGGCUCACCAAUGCCUGUCGGCAUUCCCGCGGGACGCUCUCUACCGGGCUAGCUCAGAUGGGAUGAGCUUGCAGAAAGAUCUCACGACAAUUCCCG